AUGAGACUCUACAUCCAGGGCAUGCGGUGCCUGAGGGCUUCUGCCCCGCGACCUGUCCAGCUUCCCCGGAGCUCUAUUCUCCUACGAACAGCUUGCGCCGCGAGGACUUACUCGUCGGCACGCCCGACGGGAACUCCAGGCUCCGUGACUAUCCGCGACCAGACCAUCAAGACUGAUCCUCAAUGGUUCAACGUACCCGACAACGUCCUCGACGCCACUACAAGGAAACUUCACCUAUUGAAAGAUCACCCUGUGUCUAUCACCCGCCAGAUUAUCCAGGCCAACUUCCCUGAGCCGACGUUCAAGUAUCACAAUGAGUUCAGCCCUGUGGUAUCAACAGCCCAGAACUUCGAUUCGCUAGGAUUUCCCGCGAAUCAUCCCGGUCGCGCCCUGUCCGAUACAUAUUACUUGAAUAGCGAAACACUACUGCGAACACAUACGAGUGCUCACCAGGCCGACACAUUCCGAGCUAACGAGAGCGCGGGGUACCUUGUGUCUGCCGAUGUAUACAGACGGGAUGCCAUUGACCGCAGUCACUAUCCUGUGUUCCAUCAGAUGGAGGGUGCAAUGUCAUGGGAUCGUACUAAAGUUCCUAAUGGCGAUGUUGCUACUGCGGUAUGGAAGGACUUUGAGAAGCUACCCAUUCAUGGGGUCAAGGUCGAUGACCCAAACCCUCCUAUGCAUCCUGAGACAAACCCUCUCCAAGAUGCUCACCACACAGCUGCUGAGGCUGAGGCUAUCGGUGCUCAUCUCAAGAGGUCAUUAGAAAACAUGGUCGUCGAUAUCUUCUCCCGGGCCAAGGCUACUGCGAUCAAAGAUGACCCCAACUUCGUGGAUGAGCCUCUGCAAAUGCGAUGGGUAGAAGCUUACUUCCCCUUUACCAGCCCCUCAUGGGAGCUGGAGGUCUACUAUGCCGGCGACUGGCUCGAGGUCCUGGGCUGUGGUGUGGUCAAGCAGGAUAUCUACAUCAACGCUGGUGUACCUAACCAACUGGGUUGGGCUUUUGGCAUUGGCAUCGACCGCAUUGCCAUGCUUCUCUUCAAGAUCCCCGACAUUCGCCUCUUCUGGUCAAAAGACAAGCGCUUCCUAUCCCAAUUCGAGGGCGUGACCGACAAUCUCGACAACCUGAAGCGCUUCGUCCCCUUUUCCAAGUAUCCUCCCUGUCCCAAGGACGUGUCCUUUUGGCUUAGCUCCACGACAGCAGCAGGUGGCAACACCAAGGGCACAUUCCAUGAAAACGACGUUAUGGAAAUUGUCCGUAACGUGGCGGGUGACGUGGUCGAGGAUGUGCGCCUGAUCGAUGAGUUCACCCACCCCAAGACGGGCCGCAAGAGCAUGGCGUAUCGAAUUGUUUACCGCAGCUUGGAGCGGACUCUGACUAACGAUGAGGCCGUAGCUUUCCACGAGGAUGUGCGCAAAGCCUUGGUCAAGGAGCUGGGCGUUGAGCUUCGAUAG